AUGCAUACGGAAUUCCAUGCAAAUGUUAUCGAUGCUGAUACUGGAGAUGAGAUUGUAAGCCAUCAAUUAGGCGAUCACAAGUUGGAAUUUGACGAGAUUGAGGCCAUCCACACGAAAACAGACGGAGUUGAUAGAAUUUAUACAUUGAUUCAGUACAAGAGUGGAGAGUUGGAGUUUUUGAGAAAUGCCAAAUCAUUUUGGAGAAGGGAUUUCUCACUCUCAGACUCGGUGGCACAUGCAAUUCUGGAUAUUGAAGUCGAGGGUUCAUUGACAGGAGAUGAGUUGAUUCAGGAGGAAGUGUUACCUAUCUGGGAAGCUUAUUUCAGCAGAAUUAUCCGUCAUUACCAAGAAUUAAGGGCCUUGUACGAACGAUUUUGGCAAAUCCUUCCAUUGUGGACAACCGGUGAGUGGACUUUCCCAACAAUUAACAACGACAAAUACUUUGGGUUUGAGAAAAUACUCAUUUUGGCUAAUAACAGAGGGUAUGUGACUGCCCUUAACUCAGUUAACGGUGAAAAAGUUUGGGUCUUCAGUACCGAACAAAGAGAUAUCUACCAGCUGGAAAUAUUUGAUGAUGGUCAACUGUACAUCUUCACUAAAUCAGGUCCAUUAUUUAUCCUCGACUCAAAGACCGGAGAGCUCAUCAGCCAAGAGUUGCUUGCACCUUCUUCUUCCAUCAAAAGGCUCCAUGAUAAGUCACUUUUAGUUGAAACUUCAGAAGGUUUGAAUGUAGUGGCUGGACACAAUAAUGGGACGUCCUACACCACAAGCCACGAUGCCCACACUAUCAAAGGUUUUAAGAUAGUGGAAGAUUCUAUCAAGCCUUCGUGGACUUUCAUUACUAAGCCACAUGAAAUUAUUGUGGGAUACUCUGAAAAGAACACUGAAGAACUAGUUGCGAACAUUGGAAUUGUUCUUGGGGACAGAAGCGUACUGUACAAAUACUUGUACCCAAAUCUUGCUGCAGUAGCUGUUUGGAAUAACAACACAAAGGCUCUCUAUUUGAACAUCAUCGAUACUUUGACUGGUGAACUGUUGCAUUCAGUUGUGCAUGAUACUGAUGUUCUUGGUGAUAGUGUGUCUGUUGUUUUUGGCGAGCACUGGGUUGUUUACACAUUUUACAGUAACAAACCGACACCAGAGCAACAUGUUGUGGUAAUUGAUCUGUUUGAGUCCUUGGUUCCAAAUACUAGACUCUCUAAGGACUCUGAAUCGUCUUUUGGAGCACGUCAUCCACCUGCAAUCUCUACAAAGUCGUUUAUCCUACCCGUAAAGGUUAGCACGUUGGCUAUUACCAAGACUCGUUUCGGGGUCACUACCAAAGCUGUGGUAUUCAGUUUAGAAAACGGUCAACUUCUUCUUGUACCGAAAUUCAUCCUGAACUCCAGACGUGUUUUUGGACGUGAAUUAACCAACGAGGAAAAGGCCCAGUUCAGACUUUUGCCAUACGACCCAGUGAUAAGCAUUGAUGAUCACAGUGUUAUUUCACACAAGAGACAAGUCCUUGGACAAGAAACCAUUGUUUCUAUGGCUACUAACCUGGAGAGUACGAGUAUUGUUUGCUCAUAUGGUCUUGACGUAUUCUGUACCAGAGUGUCUCCUUCAUCACAAUUUGACAAAUUGACUUCUAGUUUCGAUAAGAUUAAACUUGUUGGAAGUAUUAUCAUUUUGGUGUUUUUGGUCUUUUUCCUCAGACCAAUGAGGGAGAGCAAGAUUUUGAAGAACUUGUGGGUUGUUGAAGCUCCAAACUGA